AUGGUUAAGAUAGGCAACUCUGGAAUUUAUCCAGCAAAUAGUUUAUCCGUCCAAUGGAAUCUUGACGGGCCGAGAUUGGCUUUCAGUGGAGCCGCACACCACCAGCGCAACUUUCCGCUCUACAUGAUGCAGCUUUAUCGGUCAUACCGAGCAGCUGACCACGAAUCUGCAGGUACCACUGAGGAGGCCAACCCUCUGCGUCAGGCCAACUCAGUUGUUAGUGUAACAGCAAAAGGAUGUUAUCAGGUUGGUGAUCACUGGAGCAUUACCUUUGACCUUACGUCCUUGCUGCCAACUGACAUGGUGCAUCUGGCAGAGCUGCGGCUCCGAGUACCAGAAUUCUUUGGCUCCAAACGUGUUCUGCUGGAUGUGUUCCAUGCCCACAAUGGCCAGGAGUUGUUACUGGGCCGAAUCCGCGCCGCACCCCAGCACAGGCCGCACUCGUGGCAGGUAUUCAAUGUCAGUGCCCUGCUCAGGUACUGGCUGCAGCAGGACCAGGCUCCACACUGGACUGAGGGAGCAGAGCUUGGGAGCGGUUGGACUGAGGAAGGCAGUGUCAACCACGCGACGACCGGGCAUGUGUUGAUGGUGGUGUUCUCGGAGCAGCGGACUCGAAGCCCUGUCCCCAGUUUACUGCAGACGGCACAGCACUCCAAACACGUCACCCCUCAGCUGACUCCACCGGUCAUCCCAAAGGAGGGCCCGCUGACCCGGAGACACAAGAGGAACCGGCUGGAGCCCGAGCACCUCCCCUCACCUGAGGUCACGCCCGAGACCCCGACUCAGGCCACAGCAGAGAGCCCAGCCAGGCCACUGUGCCAACGGGUCGACAUGUGGGUGGACUUUGAUCAGAUCGGCUGGGACCAGUGGAUCGUCCAUCCAAAGCGCUAUAACGCCUACCGCUGUGAGGGGGAGUGUCCCUCACCACUGGAUGAGAGCUUCAAGCCCACCAACCAUGCAUACAUGCAGAGUUUGCUGCGGUUAUACCACCCUGAGCGGGUUACGUGCCCGUCUUGUGUGCCCACACGCUUGAGCCCGCUGUCUAUGCUGUAUUACGAGGAUGAUGGUGUGGUGCUUCGACAUCAUGAGGACAUGGUGGUGGAGGAGUGUGGCUGCCAGUGA